UUUCCUGAGAAAAAGCAAAGAAAUUGAACCCAGGAAAAAAAUAUACAACUUGUAACUCUGUGAGAAGAAAUAGUCUUGUUGCUUCAAUUAACUGCGAUGGCUUCGUCUUCUUCUUCUUCUCAAGUGAAGUAUGAUGUUUUCCUCAGUUUCAGAGGUGAGGACACUCGAGACAAUUUUACCAGCCACCUCAAAGACGCGUUGUGUGGGAGAAAGAUUGUUACUUUCAUCGAUGAUCAACUUGUAAGAGGAGAUGAGAUAUCACCAUCUCUUUUGAAUGCGAUUAGUGGAUCAAAGAUUUCAAUCAUCAUAUUCUCGAAAGGUUAUGCUUCUUCUACAUGGUGCCUCCAAGAACUUGUAGAGAUCCUCAAUUGCAGGAGAAUGUACGGUCAGAUUGUGAUUCCAGUGUUCUAUCAUGUAGAUCCAUCAGAUGUAAGGAAGCAAACAGGGACUUAUGGAGAUGCAUUUGACCAGUAUGAAGUAAAAUAUAUGGAGGAAAAAGAGAUGUUGCAGAGAUGGAGGAAUGCUUUGACGGAAGCAGCCAAUCUAUCUGGCGUUGUUUCAAAUUCCAUCAGGCCUGAAUCGGAACUUGUUGACACAAUUACUGAAUGUAUUUUGGAGGGUUUGGAUGAUAAGUCUUAUAGCCAUAAUAAGAACUUGGUUGGAGUAGCAGUGAAGAUCCGGAAAAUUAAAUCUUUAUUGUCUGAUCAGUCAAGUAAAGUAUGCAAGUUAGGACUUUGGGGUAUGGGUGGCAUAGGCAAGACGACUCUUGCUGAAGCAGUCUUCAAUGAAAUCUCAAGUCAAUUUGAAGCUUCGUAUUUUGCUCGAAAUGUUAGGGAAGCAUCAAAUAUAAAUCAACUGCGUCGUUUGCAAAAAGAAUUUCUUUAUGCAAUAUUAGGGGAUAGACACCUUGAUAUAAGAAACACAUCCACAAAAAAAAGGCUUGGACGUAAAAGAGUUCUUACUGUUUUUGAUGAUGUGGCAGAUUCGAAACAAAUAAAAGAAUUAAUUGAAGAUCUUGAAGACUUGGGUUUUGGAAGUCAAAUCAUUAUAACCACAAGGGAUAAACAAGUGCUAACAAUUUGUGGAUUGGAUGAUUCUACCAUAUAUAAGGUCGAAGGAUUAGGUAGUAAAGAAUCUCUUAGACUUUUUAAACAACAUGCCUUCAAACAAAACCAUCGAAUUGAUGCAGUUUGCUUGAUGCUUUCAGAAAAAGUUAUAAGUUAUACAGAAGGUUUGCCUUUAGCUCUUGAAGUUUUAGGUAGCCAUCUCCUUGGUAGAGGAAAACUUGAAUGGUAUAGUGCACUUGAAGAUUUACAAAAAUCUCCGGAUGAGGUUAUCCAAAAGGUGCUUAAGAUGAGUUAUGAUGAAUUAUCUGAUGAAGAGAAGACUUUAUUUUUAAAUAUUGCAUGCUUCUUUAAAGGAUGUGAUAAAUAUCAAGUUGGUAAAUUUACUUCACAUAAUCGAAUACGUGUUCUUGUUGAUAAAGCUCUUAUAUCUAUUCUAUUUACCACAAUAGAAAUGCAUGAUUUGAUUCAAGAGAUGGGUCGAGAAAUUGUCCGACAAGAGUCAAUCACUAAACUUGGCCAACGCAGUCGAUUGUGGCAUCAUGAAGAUGUAGAUCGAGUAUUGGAAAAAAAUAUGGGAACUGACAAAGUGAGAGGUAUGCUCUUUGAAAUGGCUGAAAUGAGAAAGAUCCACUUAAAUCCUCAUACUUUCUCAGAGAUGGCUAAUCUAAGACUCCUUAUAGUAAAAAACUUAUAUUGGAGAUGCAAUAAUGAAGUUCAUGGUUUUGACAGCAUUGAAUUUGAUUUCUCAGAGUUAGAAUGCCUCUGUUGGGAUUAUUAUCCCUUCCCAUCGUUGCCUUUGAAAUUUGAUCUUGAUAACCUUGUUGUACUUAAGAUGCAAAACAAUAAUCUUAAACAACUAUGGACGGGCAUCAAGAAUCUUGCUUGUUUAAAAUACAUUGACCUAAGUCACUCAAGACAUCUACUUGAAGUCCCAGACCUUUCAAAGGCUUCAAAUCUAGAGCGGUUGAUUCUAAGAGAUUGCACAAGCCUUGUCAAUCUUCCAAUUGGCAUUCAAUCAAGGUCUUUAAGAGAUGUUUUUCUCUUUGGCUGCUCUAAUCUCAACACUGCUCCAAGGGUAUCAGGUAAUAUGGAAAGAUUGUGUUUGGAUGGAACUGCAAUAAAAACCUUAUCGUUUUCCAUAGAAAGCCCUUCCAGACUAGUUGAACUGAAUCUUAAGAACUGCUUAAGCCUUGAAAGUCUUCCAAACAGCCUUUGUAAUUUGACGUCUCUUCAAAAGCUUGAUCUCUCUGGUUUGUCUAAUCUAAAGAUGGUUCCAGAGUUCCCACCUGAGAUCCAAGAGUUGUAUUUAGAUGGAACUGCGGUGAAAGAAUUGUUUUCAUCGAUUGGGAAAGUAUCAUCUCUGAGAAGAUUAAGUCUUAGAAAUUGUUCAAGCCUUGAAAGUCUUCCAAGUAGCCUUUGUAAUUCUAAUCUAAAGAUGGUUCCAGAGUUCCCACCUGAGAUCCUAGAGUUGUAUUUAGAUGGAACUGCAGUAAAAGAAUUGUCUUCAUCAAUUGGGAAAAUAUCAUCUCUGAUAAGAUUAAGUCUUAGAAAUUGUUCAAGCCUUGAAAGUCUUCCAAGCAGCCUUUGUAAUUUGACAUCUCUUCAACAGCUUGAUCUCUCUGGUUCGUCAAAUCUAAAGAUGGUUCCAGAGUUUCCACCUGAGAUCCUAGAGUUGUAUUUAGAUGGAAUUGCAGUAAAAGAAUUGUCUUCAUCGUUUGGGAAAGUAUCAUCUCUGAUAAGAUUAAGUCUUAGAAAUUGUUCAAGCCUUGAAAGUCUUCCAAACACCAUUCAUAAGCUGAAAUCUCUGAAAUAUCUUUGUAUGUCGGGUUGUUCAAAACUUGAAAGAUUGCCUGAUGACUUGGGAAAGUUAGAGAGGUUGGAAGCAAUUGAAGCUAGUGGAAUUACUGUUAAAGAGCUGCCUUCAGUUAUCGCUGUUCUAUCAGCUUUGCAAUUUUUAAAGAGAUUAGAGUUGAAUUACUGCAGUAUUACAGAGUUACCCAAUAAUAUUGACAAUCUGCCCUUACUCGUAGAUCUAGAAUUGGAAGGAAACAAUUUUGAGAGCAUCCCAACAAACAUCAUGAACCUUUCCAAGUUACAAAGCCUUAACAUAAGGUUUUGUGAUAGGCUUCAAUCCUUACCAAAGCUUCCACGCAAUAUAAAAGAACUUCUAGCAGAUGGUUGCAAAUUGCUGAAAGAAUUAUCAGGUUUUACAAAUCUAAUAACUCCAGGACCUGAUAGAAGGUCACUGAGCUUGUUCAAUUGUGUCAGUUUGGAUUAGGACGCAAUCAAAAACAUUUUGAGUGAUUCUAUAUUGGAUGCGUACUCAAGUAAAAUUAACCAUUUCGCAUAUGAGGUAACUCCCCAGCGAGAAGUUGAAAUUUGUUACACUGGAAGUGACAUUCCGGAAUGGUUUAACAUUCAAAGUAGUGGAUCAGUUAUUAAGUUACCACAAGUUUCAUUCAAUGAGAAGGUUCUGGGUCUUGCCUUUUGUUUCAUUGUUGAAGUUGAAGAUAAUUGUGAUGAGUGUAAUUUCUUUGGUGUUGGUUCUACGUUGCAACUGAGUCACCCUGAUGUGGACAGAAUGUCUAGUGAACAGACGUAUCUUUUGACCAAGUGUAUUAAGUCAGAUCAUGUAUUAGUAACAUAUGACCACAUUAUAUGGGACGUAUUUGGGACAAAAGAUUUUAAAUUCGCUUGUGAUAUGAAAGUCGUUAUCUGUUUCCGUCCCUUAGAUAGUUUAGAAUUUACAGAGACAAAUUGGAUAAAAAAUAUAAAGAAGUGUGGGGUUCGUUUAUUGUUCACUGAAGAGUUGGAGGAAACUAUGAAAAGAUCAGGAUGUUCCAUCCAUGGUGCAGAAGAUGGAUUUAAAUCUUCAAAUUUCUAUAAAGGCGAAUCCAGCUCAAGGUAUGUAAUUACAUAACUUAUAUAUAUACGCCUUCUUAACUGUAUAUAAUUACGUAAUGCUUUCUCUAUGUCUAUACUAUUUUCAUGCUUAUGACUGAUUUCUGAAUGGUUUUCUUCUGGUCUGUGUUAUCAUUUCUAUAUAUGUUCAUAUACUUUGGAAUUCUCAGAAUUCAAAUUUGUAAUUUAUGAUUAGUGUUAUUAUUAGUAGAAUCAUGAACUCAAUCUUUAAAGAAUAUAUAUUUUUGGUCUCUUUCACCAACCAUAUUGUCGCAACUCAAAAGACAAUUGGGGCCUUCCAUGGUCAGCCAACCUCUACCGGACUGCAUGACUGAAAAAGGGGAAUUGGAGCUUCUGCCGAGGGAAGUUCUCAAGCACAGGUAUACCGACAAUGGUGAGCUGGAGGUUUUUGUUGCCUGGAAAAAUUCACCAGAAUUUGAGAAUCAUGAAAGCAAUACACUGUCUUCAAACAAGCUUUCCCACAAUUCCACCUUGAGGACAAGGUGCCUCUCGAUGGGAGGGGAAAUGUUAGGUCUAGAAUUUAUGUAUCACACAAGAGGAAGAGAGCCCAAAUGAAGGGUACAUGAUACGAACCUUAGGAGAACCACACCUCAAAAGCUAGCUAUUGAGAUGGGAGAGCCCAAGGCCAUAUAAACC